GCUGCAGAAGAGAUUGCAAGAUGAAAGCUUUGCUAUUUGCGUUGUUGUUGGUGGCAUUCAUGGGCAAGGACCCAGUCACGAGUCUACAAUGUUACACAUGUGGUGGAUCAUUUUGUGAAUGGAAAAUGCCUUGUGCAAAUGAAGAAAAGUUCUGUUAUUUUGUGACUACACAAAAUAUUGAAAAGAAGAAAGGAUGUGCUCGAACAUGCCCUGAACAGCACUUUGGAAGGGCUUAUUGUUGCACAACUGACUUUUGCAAUUAGCUUUAUUAAAAUAUCUGAUGUGGUUCCGGCUAAUGAAACAUUUCAAAGAACUUCCAGGCAUUUAUUUUCCUAAAAGUCUUUUAUUGUUACAAAAUGUCGGCACAGGCACA